GUGGCGAGCGGCUGUGGACCCGUGGAACGAGAGCCUCUGGAACUACCGCUGAUCGAAUUGUCAUUUAAUUUGCGCUCAUCGUAAUACGAAGGAGCGAGUUAACGAGACCAGAUUCGGUGACUGUAAAAUAGUCGUCGGGGGGGGAAAGAAAAAAAAAUCGAGAAUUUUACGAGUUUGGGGUGGUGGGGGGCGGGCAGCAUUUGGGAGUUUCAAACAAGCGGUGUUGGUCAAACAUCACACUCGGGAAGGUCACGAACAGCGGUGACGAAGAACGGCAAUCAUUGUAAUUGUAGACAAGCCGGCUAAGUAGUUGAAGCAGCAGCAGCAACAACAACCGCAGUCGACUCGAGCAGCAGCAGUAGUAGUAUAACAGCAUCGCCAUGGCGAAGGUUCAAGUCAACAAUGUGGUGGUGCUUGAUAAUCCAUCGCCCUUCUUCAACCCCUUCCAGUUCGAGAUCACCUUCGAGUGCACCGAGGAUCUACUCGAAGACCUGGAGUGGAAGAUCAUCUACGUGGGCUCGGCCGAGAGCGAGGAGUACGACCAGACGCUGGACUCGGUGCUCGUGGGGCCUGUCCCCGCCGGUUGCCACAUGUUCGUCUUCCAGGCGAUGGCAGCGAACCCGGAGCUGAUCCCUGACACGGACGCGGUGGGCGUCACGGUGGUGCUCAUCACGUGCACGUACCGCAACCAGGAGUUCAUCCGCAUUGGCUACUACGUCAACAACGAGUACAUCGACCCCGAGCUCAAGGAGAACCCUCCCGCCAAACCGGAUUACUCCAAGCUCCAAAGGAACGUGCUGGGCACAAGCCCCCGCGUCACGCGGUUCCAGAUCAACUGGGACGACUCGCAGAAAGUGGCGGAGCGUGAGAACGUCGACCCGGCACUGGCAUCGAACUCUGCGGCGUCCAUGACGGCGGCGGCGACGGCGGCCUCGCCGGGACUGUCCACGAAGGGGUUGCCAGCCUUCCCACCGCCACCGCCGCUCGGCAUGUCGUCCUCCGCCCUCGCCCUCAACGUCCACCCCGACAACAGCAACUCCAUGGACUGCCUCUGACUUGGCGCCUCCUCUUCCGUCGUUGUCGUUUGUCGCGUUUCCGAAAUUGCCGCGGGAUUAACAAAAACUAAACAGGAAAACCGUUAAGUUGUUCCAACGACCACGUCGUCCGUCUCUCGCAACCGCACUCCGUAAAGGUUUUUUUUUUGUUGUUCCGUGGCAUGGUGUGAUGCCCUCCCCCCCACCCCACCAUCACCACCGCCUUGUUUGUGUGCUGUUUUUUUAUAUCGACAGGAAGCGACUUUGCUUUUCGGUUGACCGACAUGAAACCCUUGCAGGCCGUCCACCACCACGUCCUAUCCGCUACCCCCUACUUUUUUGGUUCACUCCUUUUUACUCCUCACAGCUCCAGUGUGCGUGGUAUGAGGCAGACGGAGCGGAGAAUUUGCUUCGGGAUGUGGGUGGGAGAGAGGCGGGGGUGGCGUGACGUUGGCGAGAUGUUAACUACCUCGCCUGGUAUGCAGGAGGUCGUGGGUUCGAUCCCGACCCUGACGCCUGCUGCUGUCUUUGGAGUUUUCGAUCUGUCUCUCUCCCCUGUGGGUCGCGUGGAUUUUUCUCCGGGGCCUCUGGUUUUUCCUCUCCACAUUUAGAAUCAAGGUCACGCGUUUAGAGUAUUUGGCCGUUCGUAAAUUUACACACUAUGAUGAUAAGCCACUUCGUUGAGUUAUCAUUUGUAAUAGCCAGGUCCCUACUGGAAAAAUAGCUACAUAGCUAAGUGGGGCCUGAAAACCUGGUAAAAUAAAAGUAGUUUAGUUAGAUGAGGGGUUUUUAUCGAGGUAGUCCGAAGGCUUCGGUGCGCCGUGAGGGUCACUUGCCGUUGACCUCCAGUGUGGAAAGCUAUGGAAAAGCCGCUCCCGUGUUUUUGUCGUGACAGGUUCAGAACUUUGGAGGUGGCUGAAUAAUCCCCCCGUGGGCUCAUUCUGCCCAUGUUGGUAUUGAGUCACCUUUCCCUCUACCGCCUCCCCCCACUCCAAAUUGUUUCCUGGCUUUCUAAAGAAAUUAGCUUUUUCUCGUGCGCUGCAAAGCAAUCGUUUCAGCCCAGUUACAAGAUGAGGUUAAAGCACAUAACGGAAUCUGCUUGUUCUAAAUUGGCGUUGUCUAGGUUUGUCACAACGUUAGCCUCCAUAUCCCCCAUACGCCACCACCACCCCCCCCCCAAAGCCAUUUCAUGAAUUGUCACAAUUUGGCGUUUCAGUUUGAUUCAAGAAUUAAUAUUUUCGUCUACCUUUGGCGCUGUCUUGUUUGUGUUGUCUCUUUCCCCCCUCCCCUGCUACCCGUCUCUUGGCUGUGCAUUAUCCUACACUCAAGUCAGGGCGCGUGUUUGGCAAGAGUAUUUUGUGCAACGUUAGUUAUCAGGCUCCUGUUACCACGCACGAUUUAGAAAGAAGCGUGUUGCUCUUAGAGUUGUGAGAAUAGAUUUCGGUCGGUGUGUCGACCCGUGUCAUGAUUACGCGCCCAAGUGUUGACGCCCGUCUCCCGAGAUAACAACUGUAAGCCUUAAUACGUACUUACGUUUAACUUAUUUCGCGCCGUACGUUGGCAACCGGCGCUAAUUGGAGGCGAGGGGGAAGGAUAAACUAAACACAAAGCAGUUCUUUAAGAAAUUCGUUUUCAAUUUAGAUUAUUUUAAAGUCACUCGUGACAUUACGGCAGUCGCACAAUCGGGAUAUAUAUUGGGGGGGGGGGGGAGUGGGGGAACGCACAUUGAACAAAUGUGAAUAAUAAUCAAACGGGAGUGAGACCACACGCUAUUAUUACCUGCGAGGCGUGCUACACGCCAUUCACAAAUCGGUGUCAUGACGUCGUUGACGUGUUGAGAACCGCUGUGGUGGUGGUGCCUAUGUCCUGUGCCGUUCUUUUGCCUGGGUACUUUUGUAGGUUCGUUAGGAAAGAUCAGAUUUGCGGAGCGGAAGGGGGUGCGGGGAGGGGUUUCUUUUGUUCGCACACCUGCUCACACAGUUGAUGAGUUGUAAUAUUUAUUUUUAUGAAUGCGCUUAAGGGGGGAGGUGCGACGGGAUGGAUGAUGAGGUGGAUGACUUAAUGGCCAAGAGGGGUCUUUGAGCCCAGUUGGCUCAACAAUUUCUUAUCUCUCCCAGCCAGGGUGGCAAAUGCUAAUAAUGAUUUUAAGAAAGCGUUUGGGGUUUCUUUUCUUCCUCGAUCACAAAUGUGUACGAUGUUGUCGAAGGGUGCCGUAGAAUGUCCGAUUUUAUAGAUUGUUGUUUUGAGAGAACUAAUUUGAUAGGAAACGUCUACGGGGGAAAGGGAAAAAAAAAAUCUAAAAUGCAUAUUAAGUGCGUGCCGUGUCUAUGAAAAUGGACAAUUGAUCUAAAGCUAACCUUUCUGACCAUGGUAGUGGUGGUGUUGGCGGAUAGCGGUCAAGUUGAAUGCUGCUAGUAUUCGCCACCUCGGCCGGUAAAGACCACAACUUCCCGCUUUGCCCCCUUGGUUCACGGGCUAAUAGCGAAUCGGAUAAAUGUUUGUUGGCCGUUGUUAGAAGUGGAGGUGGCACCGUGUUGUGUGUGUGUGUGGUUUUAUCGUUAUUGGCGGUGCGGGGAAGGCCGGAGGAAGUUGUUUGUUCCAUGGAGUUAGGUUGUGCGUGGGAUUGAAGCGGAGGAGCUGUCACGCUUGCGUGCGAGAGCGACCAUGUUGAAAUAAUAGAGUCAAAAGUAACAAAUGCAUUUUAUAUAAGUACUAUGUAUAGUUAAUAAAGUUAAAGUUAUGUAUUCACA